ACCAGCCGCCGCCGGGCAGCGGCCCCCUACCUCGCCGUGACCCAGCGUGCUCACAGGUGCUUAAACAUGAAUUCCAAGACCGCCAAAGAUAUAAUUAUUGGCAAGUGGGGCUUAAAGUCGGGUAGCUCCAGGCCUGAGAGUGAUCUCGAGAAGCAUAAGCAGGAGAACGCUGCCCUGAGAAAAUCAAUGGAGGAAGUCGUUAAAGGGAAAAGCAAAAUGACGGAUCCGGAAAGGAACGGGCUCCUAGAGAAAAUACUUUCCCUUGAAAAAGAAAAAGAAAAACACAACCAUCUUCUUGGAGAGAAGGACAAAGAAAUCCAAAAUCUGAAAGACAAGCUUAGAUCCAAAAACAAGAAUAGUGAAGUCUCCUUAUUACAAAGUCAACUAGAGCAAAAAACAAAGGAAGCAGAAAGGAGAGAACAGUUACUUCGUUCUCUAUUGGAAGAAAUGAACCAGUUAAAAUGUAAUUUAUCCACUGUUACUGCAAAAUGUUCUGAGCUUGAAAACAGAGCCAGUACCUCUCAGGCAUCCCAGGAAGCUGUAACAAACAGCACUGGAUCAUCAACUAAUCUUUAUGAAGUUGAAAAACAACUGAAAGAUGCUCUCGAGAAAAAUCAACAGUGGCUACUGUAUGACCAGCAACGUGAAGCAUACGUCAGGGGACUGCUUGGAAGGAUCUUUGAACUUGAACAGAAGUCAGAACUAGUUAACCAACGAGAAUCUAAAGAAUUUAAUUCAGAAGGUCAUCUACAAGAGGAAAAGCAACAAUAUUAUGACCAGCUGUUACUAACUGCUAAGAGUGAUCUUGAGACUGAAAGAUGCACUAUAACCCAGCUGAGAUCUGAACUUAACGAAUUCAAAAAGAAGUAUGAAGAAACACAACAAGAAAUAACGAGUUUAAAUGCCUUAUUGCAGUUGCAACAGGUUGCUGGAAUGAAGACUCUAGAAAAUGAAAAUAAAAUGAAAGGAGAGAAAGUGCAGAGAUUAAAACAAGAAAAUGAAACUAUUAAAGGACAGCUCAGAGAAGAAAAGAAAAAGUCUGAAGAUCUUUUAUGUCAGGUGCAACUUCUUCAUAAAUCAUUGCUCAAACAGCAGGAGGAACACACUAGGAUAGCUUUGUUGGAACAACAGAUCCAGAUAUGCACCACAGACUUUGAGAAUGAAAAGCUUGAUCGCCAGAACUUGCAGCAUCAGUUAAACAAAGUCCUUAAGGAACUGCAGAAGGCCAGGGAGCAAAUAACCCGUCUGGAACCUCUGAAACUCCAGGAAUCUGGACGUAUGGAACCACAAGAAGAUUUGCAAGCUGCAUUUGAAGAGAAGCUGACCGUGUAUGACAGAAGUCCUUCCGUGAAACAUUCAAGCCUUCUUGAUGAAAGUUUUCUCGAGUGUCCUAGAUGUAAAGUGCAGUAUCCAACAAGCCAGCAUAGAGAAUUACUAGCACAUAUUGACUUUUGUACAGCUUGAGCUCCAAAUGGACUUACUAUAUUUGCUUUAUACGCACUGCCAAUAUGCUCUUCUACAAAGGCAAAAGAUCUUUUUAAAGCUUUUUUCUUAAGGUUGUACAAAGGACGACUAGUUUUAUAAUUCAGUUCCACAAAAAUAGUAAUUUAUUUGGCCUCAAAUAUUUUACCUGAAAUUUUUGCCAAAAACAGCUACUGCAUUUUUGGUUGCAAAUGGAAAUAUUUUUAGAAUUAGGAAUAUCUUCAAAUAGUAAACUACUGACUUAAUUUUUUGCACUAUUAAAAAUGAGAACAGUAAAAGCA